AUGGAUACCUCAAACCUUCUCCUAAUGCCUGCAGAGAUACGAAAUAAAAUUUACGAGGAAUGUCUAGUCAAAGAUAUUAUCAGCAAACCAGAAUCAACAAAUGAAGUUCGGCAUCCGACACUCGGUUUGAUGCCAAGUAUCUUAAGCACCAACAAACUCAUCUGGCAAGAAGCAUCCUAUAUCCUUUAUUCGCAACCAAUUUAUCUCCUGAUUGAUCAGUCAAGCUUACGAUCACCAAUUUUCCGCAACCGUGGGUCAACAACAGUCAGCUCAUUAUCUAAAAUUCUGUACCCCGUUCUGGAGAAUGUUCGCCACUGGAAAAUCGUCCUGGACUUUCGAAACGCUAGUAUAUAUCAAGAAUCUCCGAGUAAGCCUAAUUGUUUGGAGCAAUUCUGUCGAGCUAUUUUCCGAAAUGGAACACCACCCAAGUCACUCGACAUAGCAAUAGACCCCCGUUUUCAGGAAGACAUUAAGGUUAUACGUCUCUAUCGUUACGGUCUUGAGAGAAUACUCCAACCCUUUAAAAUACUUCGGAACAUCAAGCACGUCGUUAUCCGAGAAGCUAUCGCUUCUGACGUUACAACAACGUACACCAAUGCAAGCUCGCCGCUUUACCGUGAGCAAGAUUCAGGGCUGGCUGGGCAGGAAGAUUUGAUUACAGAAGUUAUAGAACUCAUGAAAAGUUCUUCCAUUGUUGAGACGACUUUUGAGAUUAAUGACUCGCUUUCAGUCUAUACAAACGCAUUUUCUAAGUCUCUCGAAACCAGGGGGGGCAAGGGAGUAUUGGAGAUGCCGAGACGAAGGGACAAAGAUACGUACCACUUUAGGCUACCCAACGAAGGCCAUAUGAAUUUCACUCUCAAUGAAGUUUACUUUUGGGAAAUUGGUUCAACUCUUGGUCACCAUAGAACUCUGGGGGAAAGCCCACGAUUGUUAAAAGAAAUAACCAAAUGGAGUACGGGCUGGGUUGGUCGCUGUGACCCCGAUUUCCUUGACCCCAAAGUAAGAGAGGACUAUGGUUUCGAUGCUUUAUAUUCGUACACAACCUUGCUGAAAAAUGAACCUGUGGCGGUAUCAGCUCAGGAAGCGAAGCAGGCAUUUGAAGCAAACGACAUUACAGCUCUCAAACUUGCAAGAUCAAAGGCCAUAGAGGUCCAUGAGUCUCACUACAAGUUAAUUAUCCAAGCCGCAAAACAACUGAACGACUUUAUCAAGUCGCAAAAAUGCCACGGCGGUAUCUUCGAUGCAACGCUAAUCGACUCCGACAAAUAUCCACCAGAACAUGACGGAACGCUAUACUCGGAAGCAAUGUUCCUCGUCGACGAAUACGCCGAAACCCUUCGUCCGCAAUUAAGCUCCAAGCACCAAGAAUUCCUACGUAAGCACGCGCUUGCUUUCGUUGAUAUUCGGAGGGAGCGAAUGCUGCAGGUUGUCGGGGUGAUCUUCGAUAAUGGAAUCACGGAAGGCUGUAAAUGGAGGAAGAUGUUUAGAAAUGUCGUCGACAAUAUGGAUAAACAAUUGUUGGAGAUUCGGGAAACGAGAAAGCAGGUACUCGCCUACGACUUUUUGGGAGAACCAGGAGUCAAGCUUGAUCAUGAGAUGAACUUGUGCGAGCUGGUUAAUUGGGAAGUUAAUGAGCCUCCAAUUGGGUGUUUGGAAGAAGUGGCAGAGCUGAGUUCGAGUCUGAGCAAGUACUCGCUCCGUUCAGCACACUAG